AUGCAAACUUUCUCAACCUCAACUCUAUAAAAUACUGAGACCCCAUAACUUUAAGUUUCUUCAACACCUCUAAGCUUUACCCAAACCCUUGUUUGGUUGCACAUACAAGGAAAUAUCACAAAGCUCAAACACCAAAAGUAUAUCAAAAAGGAGAUUAAAUAUUUCAUUUCCAUCCCAACAAUUCACUAUUAAACAUUUUUCUCUUCUUCUCAGCCAAUGAUGGCUGGCAACCCUAACUGGUGGACUACUCAUCCACCAUCUUUGAUCCCUCCUCAGUAUGUUCUUGGAUCUUCUUCUUCUAUACCUUUCAAUUCUUCCACACAAAACCCUGAUCAGCCUCCUCCUUCAUUGAGCCAGCUUCUUUUCACUGGUUUACCGGGAGAGGAGGAGAGAGUGGCAUUCAGUCAUUUUCAAUCAAAGAAGUUGGAUGAAUGGAAUGAACACAUGCUUAAUCCAUCCCCCAUAAAUCCUAUGGUUGAUGUAAUAAAGCAAGAGGUUUCCCAAAGUGGUAGCUUCUUUCACCAGGGACAUGAUCAGGAAUUUCAGGUUUCUGGAGCUCCUUGGUCACACAUGCUGCCAGUUUCUUCUUCUCCUAUGUCUAGUGUUGUUGCUAGCUUCAGUAGUAGUAAUAAUUUAUUGGAUUUCACUUAUAACAAGGAAGAUCAUAGGAAGAACCAACUACCAGAUCACACAUCCGAGUGUAAUAAUACCACAGCAACCGCUGGAGUUUACAAGAAGACUAAGUGUCAACCAUCUUCAAGCCAACCACCUCUCAAGCAGGUGAGAAAGGAGAAGCUAGGUGAUAGAAUAACAGCCCUUCACCAGCUAGUUUCCCCAUUCGGAAAGACUGACACAGCUUCUGUCUUGUUAGAAGCCAUUGGAUACAUAAGAUUCCUUCAGGGUCAAAUUGAGGCACUCAGUUCUCCUUACUUGGGCAAUGGAUCAAAAAACAUGAGGAAUCCACAGUCUCAACAGGUACAUGGAGAAAGAAAUUCUGUAUUUCCUGAGGACCCCGGUCAGCUGUUGAAUGACAAUGGCCUGAAAAGAAAGGGAGCUCCAAACCAGGAUGCAAAAGAUAAGCCAAAGGACUUGAGGAGUAGAGGGUUGUGCUUGGUUCCUGUCUCUUGUACCCAACAUGUUGGAAAUGAAAAUGGAGCUGAUUACUGGGCACCAGCAUAUGGCAGUGGAUUUUAACACAUAAACAUGGCAACAGCAUCCAAGAAAUUUCAUUGUGGAUGAUAUAACAUCGUGAGCAGUCAAUCUGUGAUAAUGAAAAAGGCUGAUUGCUCACGAUGCUAUAUAGUAUUCAUGAUUUACCAAAUUGAAAUAUCUUAUCCAUUAUAUUAUUAUGUAUUAUUGUCCUUUCUAGCUAAUCUAAUUAGGUUAACUCAAUAAGUUAUUAAUAAGUGCUGUCAAAACCAUCAAUUAAUCCAUAAUUUUAGUUUUCCUAAA